AUGGCCGUGCAAGUGAACGAGCAGCUGCUGUACAAGUCUAUACUCGGUGUCCAGCCACAGAAUCACAUGUUCCCGUAUGCCAGACAGGCUCUUUACCCUACCUUCGAGUGUGACACAAUGGCAAGGCAACAUUUAGCAAGUGGACCGACCCAAGCUUGUACACAAAGUGGUGACUUUUGUCAGUCAGAGAUUGACUUGAGACCUCAGGAGACGUUCACUUGUCUAGAUCUUGAAACACGGAUGAUGAGAGUACGCCAGCAGGUAGCAGGAAGCAUCUUAGAUAUGGAGAGGAGAACGGCUGCCACCAGGGGUGUUGAUGACCACGACAGAGACAACAGCAGCACUGGCACCCGUAUCAGUGAUCUUGAUGACCAAAGUAACGGCUCUUACACUGAGCUUGUAGAGUAUGUGAGUGGAGGUGACUACAUGUGCGACGAGUGCCCCAAAUCAUUUCAAUGGAAAGCUAACCUUCAGAGACACCAGCUGACUCACGAUGCGGACAGGAAGUUUCCAUGUGAGAACUGUGACAAGGUGUUCACCGACCCCAGCAACCUCCAGCGUCACAUCCGAUCCCAGCACCUGGGUGCCCGCAGCCACGCCUGCUCCGAGUGUGGCAAAACCUUUGCUACCUCCAGCGGUCUCAAACAGCAUCAGCAUAUCCACAGCAGCUUCAAGCCUUUCCAGUGUGAGGUAUGCCUCAAAGCUUACACACAGUUCUCUAACCUGUGCAGACACAAACGCAUGCAUGCCGACUGCAGGCAGCAAAUUAUAUGUAAGGAUUGUGGACAAGCCUUCUCAACCCUGACGUCACUCAGUAAACACAAAAGGUUCUGCGAGGGCUCCUUGGGCGGACGAAAAGAUGUUGACUACUCUUGGGACACCAUGUCUACGGUGUCUGGUGCUGACGGGUCAGGUCAUCUCCCUUCCCCAUUGUUCUCCUAUACCUACACAGAUCCUGCCCCCUAUCAAUUACCUUUCUCCGUCCACUCUCAUUUCAACACUAUUCCCUUUCAUAUGCCCCGUGAAUUGCCAGCAAUAGUGAGCGGUUCUGCUCUGUCUCGUUCUCCAGAUUUCUUCUCAGCCUCUCACGGACAACAUUCGUCUGUGAAAACUGAUAAAAGAGCACAUAGAG